CCGGCCGCGCGCCCAGACGCUGCCAUGGCAACCGUGCAGCCGAGGGUCACUUCCGGCUGACUCGGAAGCUAUUCUGGGCAUUUGCCCUUCCCCCCACCCUCUUAGUUCGCUGUUAUUGGCUCCAGUGAGGCCAAGAUCCAGCCAUACUUUAAUGGACCCCAGAGGCAUCUUGAAGGCAUUUCCCAAGCGGAAGAAAAUUCAUGCCAAUCCAUCAUCAAAAGCACUUGCAAAGAUUCCCAAGAGGGAAGAGGGAGAAGAAGCAGGAGAGUGGCUGAGCUCCCUUCGGGCCCAUAUUGUACCCACUGGCAUUGGACGAGCUCGAGCAGAACUUUUCGAGAAGCAGAUUGUCCAGCAUGGUGGCCAGAUAUGUUCUGCCCAGGACCCAGGUGUCACUCACAUUGUGGUGGAUGAAGGCAUGGACUGUGAGCGGGCCCUUCGCCUCCUAAGGUUGCCCCAGCUGCCCCUUGGUGUUCAGCUAGUGAAGUCAGCCUGGCUGAGCUUGUGCCUGCAGGAAAGAAGGCUGGUGGAUGUAGCUGGAUUUAGCAUCUUCAUCCCCAACAGGAAUUUGGAUCAACCACAGCCCAACAAGGCAGAACAAGAUUCUACUCCUGGUGUUCACGAGGCUCUGCUUAUGACAGCCCUUUCUCUUCCCUCCACUAGACCUGUAUCUCCUCCUCGAAAGGCAGAAGAGGCACCAAGCACCCAACCCCAGCCCAUCUCUGAUGAUGAAACCAGUGAUAGUGAAGAGGUGCGGGUUAGCACAGCUGAUCUGGAAGCCCUAAUCAGUGGCCACUAUCCCACCUCUCUUAAGGGAGAUUGUGAGCCUACCCUAGCACCUGAUCGCCUGGAUAAGUGGGUCUGUGCACAGUCCUCAAGCCAAAAGGCCACGAACCACAACCUUCACAUCACAGAGAAGCUGGAAGUGCUGGCCAAAGCCUACCGUGUUCAGGGAGACAAAUGGAGGGCUCUGGGCUAUGCCAAGGCCAUUAAUGCUCUCAAGAGUUUCCAUAAGCCUGUAACCUCCUACCAGGAGGCCUGUAGUAUCCCGGGGAUUGGGAAGCGGAUGGCCGAGAAGAUCAUAGAGAUCCUGGAAAGCGGGCAUCUGCGAAAGCUGGACCACAUCAGCGAGAGUGUGCCUGUCUUGGAGCUCUUCUCCAACAUCUGGGGAGCUGGGACCAAAACUGCCCUAAUGUGGUACCAUCAGGGCUUUCGAAGCCUGGAAGAUAUCCAGAGCCAAGCCUCCCUGACUAUCCAGCAGGCCAUUGGCCUGAAGCAUUACAAUGAUUUCCUAGAACGCAUGCCCAGGGAAGAGGCUGCAGAGAUUGAGCAGACAGUUCGGAAAGCAGCCCAUGCCUUCAACCCUGGGCUGCUGUGUGUGGCAUGUGGUUCAUUCCGUCGGGGGAAGGUGACCUGUGGUGAUGUGGAUGUGCUCAUCACUCAUCCGGAUGGCCAGUCCCACCAGGGCAUCUUCAGCCUCCUCCUUGACACCCUUCGACAUCAAGGAUUCCUCACAGAUGAUUUGGUGAGCCAAGAGGAGAAUGGCCAGCAAAAGAAGUACCUGGGUGUAUGCCAACUCCCAGGGCCAGGGCGACGGCACCGGCGACUAGACAUCAUCAUCGUUCCCUACAGUGAAUUUGCCUGUGCUUUGCUCUACUUCACCGGCUCUGCCCACUUCAACCGUUCCAUGCGGGCCCUGGCCAAAACUAAGGGCAUGAGCUUGUCGGAGCACGCGCUCAGCACAGAUGUGGUCCGGAACACCCAAGGCUUCAAGCUGGGGCCUGGCCGAGUGCUGCCAACCCCCACAGAGAAGGAUGUUUUCAGACUUUUAGGCCUACCUUACCGAGAACCAGCUGAGAGGGACUGGUGACCAUGGCUCUCAGGGAGGGAUAACUGAGCUUUCCACCUGGCCAUCCACUAUUCCCCUUCAGGCUCAUCUGGCUGAACCUCACUUCAACCACCGGUUGUCCCAGCAAGGCUGAGUCCAGGGCUCUGGGCCUAAGAGAAAGCCAGCCCUCUCCCAGACCGGAAUAGGCUGCUGUUUCUUCUCUCUCACCACUGCCUCUGAAAGUUCUGCAAACAGCUCCUUACCCCAUUUUAAGCAGUAACAAGUGGCUGAACCCCCUUCUCCAUCCUGGGAAAGGUCUAGCUGCUGGGGUAGGAUAGGAGCCUCAGGAGGAGGGGCAAGCAGCUGUGCCCUCAGCAUCACACAGACUCUUUGAAACAGGAGAUGGAGCCGCUCCACAUGUAUUCCCUCUACCCACCCCGCUUCCUGUGCAGCUGGCAGGCUGGGAAGGGGCUGCCCCAGGCUCAGCAAGGACAGCAUUUGGAGACCCAGGGGCCCAGUAAAGUGCAUUUGACAUUCAACCUGCGUCAUUUCUGAGCUAGCUCAGAGUGCCUUUCUCCCAGGGAGGGACAGAGAUGGCUGAUUAGGGAAGUCCAGGGAGGCUCCAUUAACUGCCCUCCAGUCAGGCCUGGCCUGAGUCAGGUUCUGAACUCAGAAUGGGGGCAGGGGCAGAUGUUAAAAGGGAGAAUCAUGGAAUUGGCACUAGGAGCCCACCUAUGAGCAUCUCUUUUGUGCCUUGCUUUAGGCCAGGCUGUCAGAGGACAUAAACAAAAGUGACAAGGCUCAUAGGAAAUGAUCAGGAGCAACUAAAUGGUGACCUGUGUACUACUGACAGGAAUAGGGUGGUGGUGGUCAGGGAAGGCUGCCUUGAGGAAGGGAGGGGAGGAGUAGGCUGGCAGGGCAAUAGCCUAUUUGAGAGUGGUCGGCAGGCUCUGGGACAGUUAAGGACCAGCUUUUGAAAGGAUGGUGUGUGCUGAGAGUCAGGAAAAGGCCAGGUUGGUAUGAUUGGAAGUUGAGCUUUUGGGCUUGCCUUGAUAGAGCAGAUAGGAGUAAGUGCAGCUGGUUGGCUCAGGAUAGUUAGCUGAGGCUGGCCCUUCUGGGACAGGGAGACUUGGUGGGAGAGUAAGAGAUUUGGAAGGAGGCUUGAGCAUCCCAAAUAUGAAGAGUAGUGGGCACGGAGGCCAGAGAGGGAGCUUAUAUUGGAGAAGCAGUAGGGAGCCUGCAAAGGCCCCAUGAUGUGGGAGAUUUUGAAGUAGCACAAGGGGGAUGUAGGCUCCAGGGGACUGUAACCUCAAGUGUGCUGGGUGUGGUGUGCAUGAGCAUGUAUGUUAAGUCCAUUUGUCUCUGUCAGUAGUUUACAGAGCUGGCCUUUGUCUGCCUGGUCUCCAUCGUGGGAUCUUAACAGCCUGAGGGUGGGCACCCUACUCAAGCUUAGAUUUCUAAAGUCUAAGCCAUAGGGCCUUACCAGCAUGGGUCAUACUGAGGAAGGAACUAGAAACCCAUGGAGUGGGGAGGGGGGGGAGCCUUUCACAGCUAUGUGCCAACUAUGAGAUAGCCACAUCAAAGGCCCAGAAGCCUCCUGGGCCAACCCUCACCCUCCAGAGCUUCUAUUCCCAAACAGAUGUGGCUGCCAAGGCCAUGGUGGCUUGAGGUAGAUAGGAGAGGAUCUGAGGAAACCCCUGGGCCCCUAGAUGUUCUCCAUAGCAAGGGUCAGGUCAGCAGAAACCCAAAGACUGAGGUUUCUGGGUCCAAAGGUUGAAGUUGUGUCUCUCUCUUUGCUUCCCAUUUCAGUGUCCUAGCCUGCUUCAGACCCAAAAGCAAGGCCUAUAGGACUAGGAGCAGAGGGAGCCAGUGGGCAGUGAGCUGUACUUGGCUGAGUUAGCUCUUUCCUACACAGGAAAUUCCAAGGACCACAGGGAGGGAUAGUGCUGAUUUCGUCUGGAAUUAGGGGACUAAACCCUAUUCCUGACACCCCUCCCCAUCUGCCUUUCUUCUUCCACGAGACUCAGAAUUUGGGAACUGCCUUCAAAUCAUAUGGACUCCUGGUCCCACCUACUGGCCAGAGUAACAGGAGGUCAUGGGAUAAAGGAGAGUGUCUGGGCCAGGACCCUCUUGGCUUUUCAGUCUGACAUGGGAGCCUAGAAGAGUUCUGAAGCAAAGGAUAUUCUAAUCCCUAUAACCUGUGACUAUGUUACCUUAGUUGGCUGAAGGUACUUUACGGAUGUGAUUAAAGUUAAGCAUCUUGAGAUUAGGUGAUUAUCCUGAGUAAUCCAGUGGGCCCAAUGUAAAGAUGAUGAGUUCUUUAAUUCUUUUUUUUUUUUUUUUGAGACAGAGUCUCACUCUUUUGCCCAGGGUAGAGGGCUAUGGCAUCAGCCGCUCAUAGCAACUUUAACUCCUGGGUUCAAGUGAUCCUUCUGCGUCAGCCUCCCAAGCACCUGGCUAAUUUUUCUAUUUUUAGUAGAGAUGGGGGUCUCACUCUUGCUCAGGCUGGUCUUGAACACCUGAGCUCAAGCAGUCCUCUGGCCUUGUCCUUCCAGAGUGCUGGGACUAUAAGUGUGAGCCACUACUUCCAGGCUAAAAAUGAGUUCUUAAAGGCAGGAAACAUUUCCCAGCCACAAGCAAAGAUGAGAAAAGGGAAGAAAGUUCAUAGAGAUGCAAUGUUUCUAGCUUUGAAGAUGGAGAAAGGGGCUGCCAGCUAAGAGAUGUGGGCAGCCUCUAGAAGGCAGGAAAGGCAAGGGAGUAGAUUCCACUCUGAAACCUCCAGAAGGGAAUACAGCCUUGUUUUAUCUCAGUGAAACCUGGGUCAGAUUUUGAACCUGUUAGAACUGUGAGAUAAUAACUUUGUAUUGUUUUAGGCCACUAAGUUUGUAUAAUUUGUUAACUACAAUAGUAGAAAACAGACCCAUAGACCUUGUGUACCUGGGUUUGUCCAUGUACAAAGUGGGGCAAGAGAUGGUAUGCAGGCAGACCCUGCUGUGGGGUGGCGGUCCUCCUCUGAAGGGAGGAGGCAGACCCUGCUAUGGGGUGGCAGUCCUCCUCUGAAAUGCUGCUGGUGCUGUGAGGAAGUGAGGGAGCGCCUUGCCUGCCAGGUGUAGGGGAGGGUCAGGUGAGAGCCCUAGGUCCCUCCCAGCCAUCUCACUCCGGCUUCAACAUGCUCAGUCUGAACCUCCCUCGUAUCUAUCUGACACUUUGUGCCAAGAUACAAGUCCUCUCAGGGCAGCUCUGCCCAGCCCUGCCAAGUUGGGAGCCUCAUUUUCCCAGGGCCUGGGGUGAUAACAUCAGUCUUGGUCAUCAACUUGCACUGAAAAGGAAGCAGAUGGAAUUCCUGUCCCUUUAAAUGGAAUGGGAUUCCUUUUGCCAGGACUAAGGACUGCCACUUGGAGAAGACUUUGGCUUUACUUUACCAACAGGAGAGGCUCUUUCUGGGUCCUCGUCUGUUAACUUAGAAAUUGACCUCACAUGGAAGCUACAGCUGUUGGGACAACCUACUGCCACCCAGACUCUGCAGGCACAUCAGGAGCUGCCCUAGGCCUAGCAUGGGCUCAGCCUUAAGACUUUUGGCCCUCUGUCUACUCUGCCCUUCUCUCAGCACCAGCCAACUAGCUUUCCAGAAUGCUUGAGCCACUGGGCAACCCUACUUCUGAGUUCUGGAACUGGGGUACCAUCAGGGCUGACGCCCUAAAGUGACCUGAGACUCUGAGGCAGGUCUUAUUCUCAUUGUCCUACUGGGUGGCUCAAAAAACCUUGGUCUCCACAGUGAAGGUCAGUGCAGAAGUUGAGCCAAAGCAAAAGACCUAUAGUGGUUCUCAACCUUUCUGAUGCUGCGGCCCUUUAAUACAGUUCCUGUGGGUCACGACGCACAGGUUGAGAACUGCUGUAAGAGAUCAUCCCUGAAGAAGGCCCCAGGGCCCAGAGAUGAGGAUGAGCCCCAGGGAUUAAGGGGCAUCAGGAAAGGCUCCGAGGCUGUCUCCAGAGGACAGUGCAGAUACCAGGCAAAGGAGGCCAUUGCUCACUGCUUGAGUGGCUGUGGAACCUCUUCUUGGAUAGCAGGGGAGGCACCUGUGCUCUGCUGGACUCAGGCCUGGCCCUGACUGAGCCCGCCCACAGCCUCAGACAUAGUGUACCUCGUAUAGUGACAUGCCCUCAGCCCCACUGCCCUCACCUACCUGGCUCUAUUGGCCUAGCUCCACUGUCACUGUACAUGUGUAGGUGCCCCUGGGCUACGUGGUCAUUUGUCUGUGUGCCUCGUGUGCUCCUGUGCUCUGGGUGUCUGCGUGUUCAUAAUUUUGUAUCUGAGUGUGUAUGUGCGACCCUGGUUAUGUGUCCAAGUGUACCUGCCUGUGUGGGCCUAUGGAUGCAGGCCCCAAGGCUGUCAGAGGCUGUUCCAGGGCCUGUGGCUGGAAGGCGUGGGUAUCCCUGCAAGUCCCCAUGGUGCUAGACAGGGCCUGUGGAAGAUGGUAGAGCCCUGGCUAGCCCCUGGACACUGGGUCCUCAUGUCCAUGGAGGAGGCCGCAGGAUGGGCUGCCUGCGUCAGCCUUGAGCGGCCAUCAAUAGCGCGCGGUUAAUUAAUUUGAUGGGAACAGCAGGGACUGCCGUUUGCAUUUAGUGAAGUUCCAGGAACUUCCAACCUCAUCUUCAUAAUUGGCCUCAUAAAUUGUAAGAAAGAGAGAGAUCAGCAAAGCGGGAGGGAGGAGGGCUGCUCGUCCGUCCUUAUUUAAUUUUAUUGCUGAAAUUCAUCUUUUUAGCCUCCUCCGCCGGAAUCGGCGCUCUCCCUGCCGGAUUUGCCUAGUCAUGAUAAAUUAAUAUUCAUUUCCCUGCCUCUUACCCAGCUCCCACACUUGGUUGGAGUGGGGAGGGUCUCCUUGCAGCCCCUCUGUUGAGCCUUGGUGGCAGCCUGGGAGAGAGUGGAGACAUUGAAGGGGAGCUUGUAUACAGAGCUGAGCAUGGCACCUGGGAGGUCUGGAGGGGAGCCUGAGAGGAAGGUGGGACUCUGUUACCCAUAGGGGAUAGGAGUGAGGGAAGUGGGAGUCAAGUGACUGGGGAUCUCAGAGGAUCCAGGAUGCUGAGAUCAACUAUCUCUGCCCAGCUAGAGCUGGGCAGGAGGGGCAGGAAGAGCCUGAAAAGGCCCUUUUGGAGACCCAGAGGCUGAGACUGGGGGCAGACAGAAUGGAUUUAUUUAGAAGGAACUGGAGGCCAGCUGCGAUGGAGAAGAGCAGAGGUUGGUCUGGUCUUUGCCCCACCCCACCACCAACUAGAUCCAGGCCACCUUGCCCUGUGCAGACUCCAUAUGGACCUAUCCUCGUCUGUGGGCCUCACAGGCACUCAUGGGCUCUGACUGCCUAAGCAGCCUCUGCACUUUGCCAUAACCAGCUCAGCUGGGUGGUUGGGUUCCCUAGGCUGGGCACUUCUGCUAUGCUGUAUGACUGUCACAGCUACUGCUGUCCUUAGCAAAGCCCUUUGGAUGGGAGGGAAAUGCAGUCCUGGUCUUCCCUGGGCAAUGGGAUCCCAAAGUCCACAGGGUCAGAAUUCCUCAUCCUCUUGUAUCACAGUGUGUGAGAGAAAGCAUUUUAGGUGUUAUCUAGCCCCUGGGCCUAUUUUCAAAUGAGGAAACUGAAGUCCAAAGAUGGGAGUAACUGGUCCGAGGUCUCACAGGCGGCUGGGUAUGGUAGGCAGGAUUCUAGGCUGGGUAUGGUAGGCCCCCCAGUGACCCCUGCCCUUGUAUCAUAUCCUCCUUUUUGAAUGUGGAUGGAACUUUCCAGUAUGAUGAAAUGUUACUCCUGGGGCGGCGCCUGUGGCUCAGUGAGUAGGGCGCCGGCCCCAUAUGCCAAGGGUGGCGGGUUCAAACCCAGCCCCGGCCAAACUGCAACAAAAAAAAAAAAAAAAAAAAAUAGCCGGGCGUUGUGGCGGGCGCCUGUAGUCCCAGCUGCUCGGGAGGCUGAGGCAAGAGAAUCGCGUAAGCCCAAGAGUUAGAGGUUGCUGUGAGCUGUGUGACGCCACGGCACUCUACCCAAGGGCGGUACAGUGAGACUCUGUCUCUACAAAAAAAAAAAAAAAAAAAA